AUGGAUCUUAUUGACAUUUCAACAGUUGUCUUCAGAACAAUCAUUGAUUACAUGUAUAAGAAUGAGCUUCCGGUUAAUCAUCCUGACUUAAUUGGACUUUACAUGGCAGCGCGACAUUUGGAACUCAAAGACCUGCAAGAUUUUUCGGAAACUCAAAUUCAUUCAAGAACAAACGCUUCAAAUGCAUAUGAAAUUUUAGUAUUUAGUAAUAAAAUUGAUUCUAAGAAACUGAAGGAUAAAGCAUUUGACGUCAUCAAGGAAAUGUUUCCAGGACAAUCUCUCAAAGAAGAAAUAAAACAUCAACCUGAGAAAAUUAAGAAAGUUAUUGAUGCUAAUCGACAAAUUGAUAAACUUAUGACUGAAAUGAGAAAAGACAUUGAAAGUUUGACUGUAGUUGAUUCACAAUAA